AUGAAACCAAAGUUUGGGGAUAAUGUAUCCGGACGUGUUCGUACAACAAUCAAGUCAGUACCUCAGAAUGUAAAAAAGUUCUGUAUAAAGUCCUCAUAUGGGAAACCAGCUCUGAUUGGUGGUUUGUUUACUUCUUCAUGUGCACACGAUAUGCAGUGUAUUUCCUUUGUCUUUGUCUUUGUCUUUGUCUUUUUUGUUUUUGUUCUGGCCGGGGCCGGGGCGGGGAUAUGGAGAGCAUGGUGCUUAACUGUGCAUUCAAUUAGCCAUGAUUGUGGGGCCAUUGCCCUAAAUUAUGAGACUGGUUUGUCAUUUUUGAAGGCGAGUACUAAUGGUCUGUUUAUUGCUUGUUUUGUUUCUUUAGCUCUGUUAGUGGGGUUGCCAAGAUAUGGAGUAUAUGUUGCAUUUUCUCCUGUAAGUGACAAUGUAGCAACUGCCUCAGCUGAUCGUACUGCAAAGUUGUGGAACACAGAUGGCACUUUAUUGAGAACAUUUGAAGGUCAUUUAGACCGCCUAGCUCGUAUUGCCUUCCAUCCAUCUGGGAAGUACUUGGGCACUACAAGUUUUGACAAAACUUGGCGUUUGUGGGAUAUCGAAAGUGGUGCUGAGUUGCUUCUUCAAGAAGGCCAUAGCAGGAGUGUUUAUGCCAUAUCUUUCCAUCCGGAUGGAUCAUUGUUAGCAUCAUGUGGACUGGAUUCUCUUACACGUGUCUGGGAUCUUCGAACAGGGAGAAGUAUUCUUGCUUUGGAAGGCCACAUCAAACCUGUUUAUGGAGUUGAUUUCUCUCCUAAUGGCUAUCAUUUGGCCACUGGUUCUGAGGAUAACACUUGUCGGAUUUGGGACUUGAGAAAGAAAAAGUCAUUCUACAUAAUUCCUGCCCAUUCAAAGCUUAUUUCACAGGUCAAAUUUGAGCCUCAGGAGGGAUAUUAUUUGGUCACUGCUUCAUAUGAUACAACUGUUAAGGUAUGGUCAUCUCGAGACUUCAAGCUUAUCAGGACAUUGUCAGGACAUGAAGCAAGAGUUACACCCUUAGAUGUCACAGGAGGUAAGAUCUUUUCUCUUGGUAAACUGUAGUAAAAGUGAUGCGUGCAAAAUGGGAACUUAUAGUAGCAUCUCAUUACAAGUUUAUAACUGUCAUCUUGGGAUGGAAUUAUGGUAAAGUUUAUGGAAGUUGCCACUCAAAAACUGAAUUUGUUUAAAUACGUUACAUUCAACAACAGAGAUAAAGUGAAUGCAAUUUGAUAUAAAAU